GGAGCGAGCGGAAGAGGAAAGAAAAGGAGGAGCGAGAAGAGAAGAAGCAGAAGCUCAGGAAGACUAGGAGCAACAGCUUCAACGCCCAAGGAAGAAUAAAGGGGAGGAGAUUGACUGGAGAAGGAGCACGAAAAGCACGAAUACAAACGCUAUCGCCUUUGCUUUGAACUUCAAAAGAUGAAAGGCGCAUUCCGAAGAAUUGCAACGUUCUUGAUCGGAUGUUUUGCCUUGGCUGCCGGAAUAGUGAUUCUUGUGUAUUCCUUGAAGGAACGAGAAUUUGUCAACAACUUUGUGCCCAAGACCUGCAAAACUAUCAGUGUUACCGGUCGGGAAUGUAUGAAUAAUAUCAUAGGAAGUUACUCACAAGCUAUGAUCACUGCCCAAAGUUGCGAGAACAAUGUUUAUACACAAAUGGGCUGCACCUGCCAAGCAAACUCAUGCGACUGUUCGGGUGGAACCUACGGGGAAGUGAACACGUAUUGGUGGAAAGUGUUGACGUUGGUCGGCGCUAUCUCGACCGGCUUGAUGGGGCUCUACAUGUUGUUUGCUUCAUACCUCGCUUUGAGCAACAGCGCUGGUCAAGUUAGCGUGAGGAUUUUCAGCGUGCUCUCAGGUUUUCUCUUCAUCAUCUUCGCAGCUGUCGGAGCGGCAAUGAUCUACUUGUCAGUGUACAUCGAGAAAGAUUCGACCUUCAACACCGAUCAGUCAUGCCUGAUGAAAUCGCCUGCAAUAACAGCAGAAGU